GCUGCCUUUCCUCCAAUGAAUUCAAGGCUGCCUACGUGGCUUUCCUCUUUCCUGUGCUAACUAUGGAUGAUAGGAAUUGUAGUCUGAUACCUGCUGUCCACGUGGUUAAGAAAGGUGGCAACUGGAGAAGUUCAAUUCCCAAGUGAGCAGUUGUGAUGAUAAGGAUUUAGAAAACAACUCAGCUUCCCACACCAUGAAGAAGCCCUUCACGAUCAGUUGGGGAUUUGAUGAUUCUUCAUCCGAGCAUUGGAAAGCCAUCCGGAAUCACUGAGCCUCUUUGGGGGGGACACAUUUCAUUGGUGCCGGCUAUUCCUUUGAGCAUUCAGCAGAGGCCAUUACUGCUUUCAUCCUGCCACCCCUGCUUUGCUACACAUGGACCCAACAGUACCCUGGAUGGCAGAUUGGAUGCCCUGCUUUCAACUUGCUGCUCCUCAAACGCGGACUCAAAUCCCCGGGGACUUGGUGGUGGUAUCAUUCUACCCUGUUGCGUGGCAUUGACCCAGACUGGUUGGCAUCCUGGAUCCAGCAAUACAGAAGAAACCUGAUAGCCAUCCCUUGAGCCACUGUGUUGACCAGGCAUCAUGUCAGGAGAUUACGAUGAAGACAGACACCGCCGGGCAAUGGAGCUUCUUCACGUGCUGUGUGCCAACACGUGUGCUGCCCAGGAACGUGAGAAGUGUCAAGAACUGACAGGUCAUGUGGGACCCAUCAACACUGAGAUCCUGGUCAGCCUCCUCUCAGUGAUUGUGACCUUUUGUGGAAUCGUGCUGCUGGGCGUCUCCCUCUUUGUCUCGUGGAAGUUGUGUUGGAUCCCCUGGCGGGAUAAAGGGGCUGCAUCACAAACCCAGCGCAAGGAGCACCUCCUCCAUGCUCACCUCCAUCACUCGCCUUUUGGAGAUCUCUUGGUUGAACGGGUGGAACUGGGCCCCGAGAUGCCUGAGAGGUCCUACCUCGAUAUGGAUUCCUACCCAGAGGCCAACCUCAAGGUCAGCCAGACCUCCCCGGACCUCCCUGUAGAAGGCCAGACUGGGACCAAGGAAGGCACCAUCCCCAAUGCCCACUCCCACCAGCAAGUAGCAAGCUUGGCACCCACGCCCAGGUACAACACACUGCCACGUCCUGUGACCCAGCAGCUGAGCAGCCCGGACACCGGAGUCCACAUCGGAGGGGAGGAGAAGGUGGAACAAGUGACCAGCAUUGGGCAGAUCAAACCAGAAUUAUAUAAACAGCGCUCGGGUGAGUCGGACUCCAAGAAAGGAGAGGCUCAAAGCUGCGGACGGCUAAGCUUUGCUUUGCGUUAUGCCUACAGUACGGAGCAGCUAGUGGUGAGGAUUCUCCGGGCCUUGGACCUACCUGCCAAAGAUGCCAAUGGCUUCUCCGACCCCUAUGUGAAAAUGUACCUGCUCCCCGACCGGAAGAAGAAGUUCCAGACAAAGGUGCACCGCAAGACGCUGAAUCCUGUUUUCAAUGAGACUUUUAACUUCAAUGUCCCUUUUGCCGAGCUGCCCUCCCGCAAACUCCACUUCAGUGUUUACGAUUUUGACCGCUUCUCUCGUCACGACCUCAUUGGCCAGGUAGUUCUUGACAAUCUGCUGGAGAUUGCUGAGCGAGAUAAUGACACGCCUCUUUGGAGGGACAUCAUGGAAGCCAGUUCGGAAAAAGCAGAUCUGGGGGAGCUGAAUUUCUCCCUCUGUUACCUGCCCACAGCCGGACGUCUCACUGUCACCAUAAUCAAGGCCACCAACCUGAAAGCCAUGGACCUGACUGGAUUUUCUGAUCCUUAUGUUAAGGCCUCCCUUAUGUGUGAAGGACGGCGGUUGAAGAAGCGCAAGACGUCCAUCAAGAAGAAUACCCUCAACCCCAGUUACAACGAGGCCCUUGUCUUUGACAUUCCCCAGGACAGCAUGGAACACGUCAGCAUCACGUUGGCAGUCAUGGAUUAUGAUUGCAUUGGGCACAACGAAGUCAUUGGGAUGUGCCGAGUGGGCAGUGAUGCCGACACACCUGGAAGAGACCACUGGGCUGAGAUGUUGGCAAACCCACGUAAACCGAUUGAACACUGGCAUCAGCUGGUGGAGGAAAAGACUUUGAACAGCUACAUCAACAAGAAUCCUCCAGCACGGGACAAACCCAGUAUCGUAGUAGAAACUGUACAUUCGGAUUAAGAUGGCCUGCCAGUCCUUCAUCACUGGGGAUUGGUUCCAGCGACAUGCUCUUUGAACUUUCUGGACUGUUUCCUCUGAUCGACCCUGGAGGAACUGCCAACAUGGGGCAUCUGUGAGUGGGUGGCAAGAUCCUGCCCUUCCUCAAUCUCCAUCUCCCCCAGGAAAAUUGCUGCCUGUUGCAUUUUUUUUCUAAAGCCAUAAAGGCAGCCACGGAGGAGCAUUUUUAAUGCGGGAUGGGGCACAUGUGUUAUCAAAUGUCGGGAGCAGGAGGAGGCUUUUUCCCUUGUCCUUUCACAGGGAAUGGGGGACGGUUAACCUUUGUGACGUGCAUGUUUUGGGGGGAGUCUCUGUUCUGGAAGAAGAGUUUGGCUGAAGCUUUACGGGGUGUCAACGUUUUUGUUCCGAUUGAUUUUCAAUGGCUUUAAGCUGCAUGACUGGCAGAAGUUCAACAGGUGUGCCUGCACAUCAGAUUGAUGAGGGAGGUGACUGGCUGCACUGUUGGGGGAUCUGACUGUUAAAGCCACAGUUUCCUGUCAGGGUUAAAAUAGAGGGUAGGGGCAUUUUUGGGGAUUAGAAGCUCUCCUCCUAUCAUUCCAUGUAUGGUCUUUAAAUCUCUUCUCAGCUGGGAAUUUAGGAGAAAGUUAACUGAGGUCUCUUGUUGAGGGAAUGUUUCAGACUCUCCCUCCUUUAGUUUCUCUCAUCUUGACAGAUCUCUUGGGGGGAUUGGGAAUGAGUCUUCCUGCUGCCCAGUUGAGAUAGGUGGGGCAGGGCAGUUUCCUCCAUUUUGCCAGCAUGCAUGCAGGAUCAUUUGCCUCAUUCUGCAUGAACCUCUAACCUCAGAGGAGGAGGGAGACCAGGGGAUGGUGGAACUUCCUUCCCUAACCACCUUGCCCGGAGAGACAGCUUUGAAAGUGGCACAAAAGUAGUACACAACAGUCAUGCCCUCCCUUCCCUCUCCACCCCUCUUGAAGAAAGACCACGGAGUUCUUUGACAUGAAUUGGAAAAGGGCUUGUGACAUUUUUUUAAAAAGGCUCCAUGGUGGAGUAUAUUAAGGCCCGGUCCUCCCUCAUUAAAAACCAGAUUUGGGCCUAUCUCAACUCCCAACAUAGGCUGCGGAUUCUGGACUAUUCUGUGUAUGCGUGUGUGUCAGUGUAUGGGGGUAAAGUGUCUUGUUCCCUCCUUCCCUAAACCUAGUUGAUUUUUUGGUUCUUCUGGGGUUUGCAUGAUUGUUCACUGCCUAAGGUGGGUAAGGGAGCCAUUCCCAGACUUCAGCUGGCAGAACGCUGGGUCGGAGAACCUAGGUGUCCUAGUUUUGUCCCCACUUGUGUUGCUCUUUCCCUAUAUACCCCCCUCCCGUUUCUUCUCGUUUGGAAUGUCGGUUUUUUCCAAUUGUUUUGUCUCACACUCCCUCUUGCACCUCCAUUUGUCAUUUUGUCUUUGUCUUUUUGAGAUUUUGUCCUGUUUAUGGUUGGUUUGGGGUUGGUUUGUUUUUUUAAGUGUGUGAAAUGAAGUGGGGGGAGGGGACAAAAAAAAAGGGGGGGAACAAAACCAGCCCUGCUUCCUAAACCUCUGUCCCCCUUUUUUUGGGAAAAGCCAUAUACCUCCCCCCAUUGCUUGGGGACAACCCCACCAGCAUCAGUGGGGGAGGGGAGGGGGCCGGAAGGUGAUCUCUCUUUGCAAUAGGUUUGGAAACUGAAGCUGCUGCUAAACCGUGAUAUCAAUAAAA